CCGGUAUCAGCGGAGAAAUUCUUUAAGUCAGAACGAUAAACCAGCUAUCCCUGUGUGAUUCAACAUCGCCGCGGGACCAUGGCGGACACGGUGAAAACCUUCCAAGCACACCUGACUGCCGUUAUGGACAGUUUAGUCCGUGCGUCAGUGUGUGAGAUAACCAAGCUCUUUCAGGACACGGUGAACGACUAUCUGGUAGAAAUUUCGCUAAACAGGAAAGAGAACGAAGCCCUGAAAUUACGACUUAGACUCACAGAAAACAAACUAAGAAAUGAGCGAAAAUACGGCAUGGGCUGGGCGGCGAGUCGGCGCGCGGCUGGACUGUUAGGCGGAGAAGAUAACGGGCGCAAAAAACGCCGCGUGGAGAUCCAAAGUGAGUAUUUGUGUCCGACAAGAGGAAAGCCAGGAAAGGAGUGGAGUGAUGGUGUGUGGGAGGAAGGGGUGGAAGGAGCAGGAGCGGAGAGGAGGGAUGUCUACCUCAUCCAUCUGCCUGCUGGAGGAGAGGGUGCUGAGGAGGAGGAAGAGAAGGAGGAGAGGAAACGUGUCUCCAGGGAAGGAAAGGAGGCGGCCAACAUCAAAGAGGAGGACCAGGUGUACAGACCAGAUUCUCUUAGGUUGCUCCAGGAGGCUCUGCAGAUGAACCAGAGUGAAACCAAUCUGAACCUGGCCCCUGUCUCUGUGGGUACAGGAUCAGGUGGGCGAAGCCUGUCUGUUGAAUCGUCUUGGGAGGGGCAGCCCUCCUUGACAGAGGCUCCAGGGGGUGUGUCUGCAGGUGACGAGCUCAGUGGUCUGGAGACAGCCCUAAAAGCCGAGUGUGAGAGAGAAGAGGCGGAGUCUGGCCUGACAAGCACCGCCCAUGGGAUGGGGAAUGCUGACAGUGUGGAGUAUAUUGGUCUGGACGGUCUUUGCAGCUCCCAGCAGAACACUCCUGUACUCAGAGAGCUGUCGACGGCAUCCAGGCCUGGGGCAGGCAGUUUGGAGGAGGAACAGGAGGAGCUGUCAGGUGCAGAGUGUGGGGACUUCCUGCAUUUCUGUGGCCAGUGUGGAGGUGGUUUCAACACGGCAUCAGACCUGGCGGAACACACAUGUUCACUGGGAGAGGAGAGGCCAUAUCGGUGCGCGGCGUGUGGUCGGACCUUCGGUCAUGUCUGGAGCCUGAAGAGUCAUGAGUGUGUGCAGGCCGGUGAGCGGCCGCACCGCUGUGAACUGUGUGGCAAACGUUUCACGCAUGCACGCUCACUGGAGCGCCACCAGCUGGUCCACACGGGCGAACGGCCGCACAGGUGCCCGCAGUGCGGGAGGAGCUUCAGUCGCCUUGGCAACCUGGAGCGGCACCAGCGUAUCCACACAGGUGAGCGUCCGUACGAGUGUGGAGCGUGCGGGAAACGUUUCAGCCGCGUGGAGUAUCUGAAAAGACAUCAGCACAUCCACAGCGUGGAGCGUGGAGACAAAAACUUCCACCAGUGUCCCCACUGCAGUAAAACCUUCAGCGACGGUGAACAGCUCCAACAGCACCAGUGUUUCUACAGUGUCUGACCGACCAACCACAGCCAGGCAACAACCUCUCACGCAAACACAAACAACAAGCCAUAAAGUGCCACUAGAUUACCAUCCAAUGCAACCUGUUACAGCACAAAAAACCGAGACAACACAGCUAAUGAAACACACAGACCCCCAGAAGUCAAAUGGAACCAGUAUCUCAGGAAGCCCAGUAUCAAAGAAUAUCUAGCAGUAUUCCAGAA